AUGGCGCCUGUCAAAAGGAAAAUAUAUCAGCUUUUGCUGUUCCUUGUCAUUUUUCUUCCAAUCUCAGGUGUUUUAUGCUUUAGUGAGUUAUUUUUCAUUAAAGAGCCCCAUGAUGUCACUGUCAUGCGGAAAGAAGCGGUUAUUUUGGACUGUCAGGCACGUGGAGAGGCACCCAUUGACGUCACAUGGCUCAAGAAUGGAGUAAAAUUGGUGGAGAAUGAACGGGUGUACCUGCUCUCCAAUGGCUCCCUUUAUAUUUCAGAGGUGGAGAGCAGAAGAGGAGACAAAUCAGAUGAAGGGUGCUAUCAGUGCCUUGCUCAGAACAAGUAUGGUACAAUCCUGAGCCAGAAAGCCCGUCUUACAAUCGCAAGUAUGUCCUCGUUUGCACUCCAGCCGAUGUCCAUAGUGGUGACUGAAGGCUCAGUCGCCAGAUUUUCUUGUAAAAUCAGUGCACACCCUCCUCCAAUCAUCACUUGGGAGUUCAAUCGUGUCACAUUACCCCUCUCCUCCGAAAGAAUCACAGUCCUGCCUAAUGGGGUUCUUCAGAUACAUGGGGUGCAGCGAGCGGAUGCUGGACACUAUCGCUGCAUUGCCACUAACAUUGCCAGCCGUCGUCGAAGCACAGAAGCCACUCUCACUGUCACUCCAGCUCCUGGCCCUAAGUUUCCCCAGAGACCACGCAUCAUUGCUGGGCCACAGAACAUCUCAGUGUCAUUGCAUCAGAGUGCCAUGCUGGAGUGCCUGGCCACAGGCAAUCCACGACCCCUCAUCUCCUGGAGCCGAGCAGACAGCAAGUCUAUUGAUGUUUACAACACCAAAGUGUUGGGAAAUGGCAACCUCAUCAUCACAGACAUCAAGCCCCAGCAUGGAGGAGUCUAUAUGUGCAGAGCCACCACUCCUGGCACACGCAACUAUACCAUAGCCUCGGCUAAUGUAACUGUGCUAGCACCACCUUCCUUUGUGGAGUGGCCUGAGAGCUUGACCCGUCCACGUGCCGGCACUGCUCGUUUUGUGUGCCACGCUGAAGGAGUUCCAGCACCUCAGAUAACGUGGUUCAAGAACGGGGAGAAGGUUCACUCCAAUGGACGGAUCAAGAUGUACCAUAACAAACUGGUCAUCAACCAGAUCAUCCUUGAAGAUGAUGCUAUUUAUCAGUGCCAGGCUGAGAAUGAGCUGGGAUCGGUCCUCUCCAUGGCGAGGCUCAUCGUAGUGAUGUCAGAGGACCGACCAAGUGCACCCAGGAAUAUCCAAGCUGACACAGUGUCAAGCUCUGCCAUCCUUCUGGCUUGGGAGAGGCCUCAGUAUAACUCGGAUAAAGUUAUUGCAUACUCUGUUCACUACAUGAAGGCUGAAGGAUUAAACAAUGAGGAAUAUCAAGUUGUGAUUGGAAACGAUACAACUCGCUACAUUAUUGAUGAUCUGGAGCCGGCUCGCAACUACACCUUCUACGUGGUAGCCUACAUGCCCAUGGGAGCCAGUCGAAUGUCGGACCACGUCUUUCAGCACACACUCGAGGAUGUUCCCCUCCGGGCCCCAGAGCUCAGCCUCACCAGCCGCAGCCCCACAGACAUCCAGGUGUCUUGGCAGCCUCUUCCAAAAAAGUUGAGUCGUGGGCAAGUUACCAGCUAUCGCUUGUCCUACCGCACCACUUCUGAGAGUGCAGUAUCACAGAUAGAGUUGCCCGGAGAAAAGACACAACAUUACCUGGAAAACCUGCAGCCUGACACCAUCUACCUUCUGCGGAUUGUUGCUGCCACCAGUGUGGGGUGGGGGGAGCAAUCAGCCUGGACAUCCCACCGAACUCCAAAGGCAUCCAGUGCUCGAGUUCCCCUGGCUCCCGAGCUGCAUCUGGAGCCUUUGAACUGCACCACCAUUUCAGCACGGUGGCAGUUGACACCCAGAAACUCGGCCAGUGUGCAGGGCUACAAACUGUUCUACCAUGUGGAGAGCCAGCCUGAGAGCAUCCCAGUUCAGCUGCAUGCCUCUUCAAAUACACACAUCAUUGGAGGUCUUGACCCAAGAAAGAAGUAUCAUGUCAAACUUCUGGCUUAUAAUGUUGUUGGAGAUGGAUACCAAGCAGACCAGACUAUCAGUACACCUGGAUGUGUCUCUGUUCGAGAUCGCCUUGUGCCUCCUCCACCUCCUCCACACAAUGUGCUUGCCAGAACCAACAGCUCCACUGCUGUGUUUCUUCACUGGGGCCGACCAGCCUUCACCUCCAGCAAUGCAGUCAACUACACUGUCCGCUGCAAUCCCGUAAGCCUCCAGAACGCAUCGCUGGUGCUCUACUUGCAAACGAGUGAGCAGAACCUCCUGGUGCGAGAUCUGGAGCCAAACACUAAGUAUGAAUUUGCCAUUCGCCUUCAUAUUGACCAACUGUCCAGCCCCUGGAGCCCUGUUGUCUAUCAGAGCACCUUCCCUGAAGCUCCCACACAGCCUCCAUCCAACAUCAAAGUGACUCUGAUUGAGGGGGACACAGCGCUUGUUUCAUGGAAGCUUCCAGAUGAACCCAAUGUUCCUGUUACACACUACACGAUCCUGUACGCCUCUAGAAACGCCUGGAUUGCUGGGAAAUGGCAAGUGCUCCAAAAAGAAGGGAGCAUCACUAUGGCACUGCUGGAGAACCUGAAGCCGGGACAGGUGUACUUGGUUAAAGUUUCUGCAUCUAAUGACAUGGGGGAUGGGCCAUUUUCUCCUGCGGUGGAGCUGACAGUUAGACCGGAUCUUUCCAGUGGUAACGAUGUCCGGCUUUCUCGUGGUUCCACACACUCCACAGGCUUUUCUGAUGGCUUCUACCAUCUGGACCAAAAGUCAAUGACAGGUAUCAGUGUGGGAGUCUGCAUUGCUCUCAUCUGCAUCAUCAUCUGUGCUUUCAUCAUCAUAUGCAGAGGCAAAAACAGGAAACUUUCAGCUGUUAAAACUUACAGAGAGCACAUGAACACAUCUCCAGCUGCAGGACAUCUUGGACCUGAAGGACAAGUGGAGAAUGCUAAUCUAACCAUGUCAAUGAUUAGUCAAAGCCAUUUUAUUGAUGCCAAGGGUGGAACAAAUCUCAUUAUCAAUUCUCUUGGCCCUGUUCAGCCCAGCUCUCAGAAGACUAAGAAAUGGUCUUUCUUCAGACGUGACAUGAAAAAGGACAGCAAAACAGUCCAGCAACACGGCGUUGUCUCCUACCAGGCGGAUACCACAGUGUUGACCUAUGAGGAAGAAUUUUCCUCUUCUCCAAACCAGCCCACCACCCUGCAAGCUCUGCUUGGACAUUCAGGCGACAUAGAGAGAUCUUCCAACAGCGAGGGCAGCCAUGAAACUGGUGACUCUGGUCGCUACUCUCAUGACGAGACAGAGUUGACAAACCUGUCAUCUGGUCCCAACAGCCACCCCCCAUCUCUGAGAGCAGAGGACAGCAGAAACUCGAACUGCAGCAGCCCUAUUGAAGAGCCGAAUGAGCUGUCGGAGGAGAGUCCGACUGACCUGAAGGGAAGGGAGCCUGUUGAUACUGGCUGCAGUCAUCAAGAUGCCCACAGCAGUUCUCAGUCAAGUGUGUAG